AUGUCGGUCGGGAAGAUAUCGGAAUUCGAUAUAGAAACGGACAAUUGGCGUUUAUAUGUGGAACGAUUAGAACAAUAUUUUAUCGUCAAUAACAUUAGUAGGGAAAUGCAAGUACCGACGCUAGUGACAGUGAUGGGGGCCAGAAGUUAUGAGCUCAUAGUAAACCUGUGCACCCCAGAUAAACCCACAAGUAAAUCAUUUGAUGAGUUGGCAGUGAUCAUGGAAAAACAUUUGCAACCACGCCCAAGUAUAUUGGCUGAGCGUUACAAAUUUCACCAAAGGAAACAAAUGAAAGACGAGAAGAUAUCAGAUUACAUAGCAGAAUUAAAGAAGAUGUCCAGAACAUGUGACUUUGGACAAUGGCUGAAUGAGAGUCUCCGCGAUCGAUUAGUAUGUGGAUUAGCGAGCGAAACGAUAAGGCAACGGCUGUUUGCAGAAGAUAAAUUAGAUUUUAAUAAAGCAUGCAGUUUAGCAUGGAGUAUGGAGGCAGCGGAGAAAGAUGCGGCCUUGACUGAAGGGCAUAGCGGGUCAAAAAUGAUGUCAGCGGAGUGUCAGAAGAUAACGGAGGUGAACGGGGGUGAACGAGGAUCGUAUAAGACUACAGCUGAAGCAGGCAACUGGCCGGGGCGGCCGGGUCGGCCGGGUCGGCUGGUUCGGCCGGGUCACAGCCAGAGCGGGAGCAGGGGCACGGCGCGCGCGGCUGUCGCGGCCGUGGCAGACAGGCGGGGCUGGCGACGACAGUGUCAAGCAUGUGGCGGCGAUCACGAAGCGGCUACUUGCAGAUUUGUCCGUUAUGUUUGUCGGGUAUGCAACAAGGCGGGACACUUACGACGAGUUUGUCCGUUACUGAAUAAUGGACACAACUACAUCGAGGAGGCCGUGGAAACUAAGAGCUAUGACAGGAACGAGGUACUGACUAUUAAUCAGUUAUCAUUAGAUCAUUUCCCACCAAUUUAUGUGACAUUGAGUAUUCAAAACAAAAGUAUACAAAUGGAAUGUGACACAGGUAGUGCCGUGUCAUGCAUAAGUUACGAAACAUACCUAAAAUAUUUUAGUGAGAUAAGAUACAGUGAAGUGUUUGCAGACGAAUUGGGUCGCUUUACUGGUGGUAGGGUGAGCAUACAUUUGCGCGAGGGGGCGCGGCCGGUGUUUAUGCGAGCGCGGCCGCUCGCAUACGCGCUGCGCGAGCCUGUGGAGCGCGCGCUGGAGCAGCUAGUGAGCGAUGGCGUGCUCACUCCUGUCGACCGCUCCGACUGGGCUACGCCCAUCGUGCCAGUGGUCAAGAAAGAUGGUAACAUCAGAAUAUGCGCUGAUUACAAAUUAACUUUAAAUAAAGUGUUGGAUGUCGAUCGUUACCCUUUGCCUAGAGUGGAGGAUUUACUCGCGCGGUUACAUGGUGGGGAAUAUUUUUCAAAAAUAGAUUUAUCUCAAGCCUAUGCGCAGUUUGUACUGGAUGAUACUUGUAAUUGCACAGUGAUUAAUACGCAUAAAGGCCUGUUUCGAUAUAAUCGAUUAGUGUAUGGUCUCGCGUCUAGUCCGGGAAUAUUUCAAAGGAAGUUAGAACAAUUGUUUGGGCAUAUACCAUUUGUAGGGGUAUUCCUGGAUGAUAUUAUUAUUAGUGGUAGGGAUAGUCACUCACACUUUGAAAAUCUGUGCAAAGUUUUCGAGAUAUUGAAAUCUAGUGGUCUUAAAGUAAAAAAAGAAAAAUGCAGUUUUUUUGCUGAAUCAGUUACUUAUUUAGGAUAUGUUGUCUCAAAAAAGGGAGUUCAUACUUGUCCUGACAAGGUCAAAGCUAUAACGAACACCCCGGCACCCACAAACGUAAGCGAAUUACGAUCACUCUUAGGUAUGGUAAUGUAUUACGGUAAAUUUGUUAGGAAUAUAAGUUUCAUUUUAGCUCCGUUAUAUGAGUUAUUACGGUCAGGGGUUCGAUUCGUAUGGACGGAAAAUUGUGAUAAGGCUUUUCGGGAGGUAAAGCGGUUAUUAAUAUCGAGUGAAGUAUUAGUGCAUUAUUCGCCUGAUUUGCCUUUAAUCUUAACGACGGAUGCAAGUAGUUUAGGUGUCGGCGCGGUCAUUACACACACGACACAGCAUGGAGAACGCCCCAUAGCUUAUGCAUCGCGCUCGCUAACAAAAGCCGAGCGGGCAUAUUCACAAAUUGAGCGAGAGGCUCUGGCUAUUAUCUAUGGUGUAAAGAAGUUUCACCAAUACUUAUAUGGUAGGCAUUUCACCUUGAGAACCGAUCAUAAACCAUUAACUUCAAUAUUUGGUAGCAAGGCGGGCAUACCAAUCAUGGCUGCAAGUCGUAUGCAACGAUGGGGGGUGUUACUGUCCGGGUAUACUUACAGUAUAGAAUAUGUACCAUCCGCUAAAAAUAACGCGGAUGCUCUGUCGCGGCUACCACUCUGUUAUAGUGAAGUUAGUCCGGUCAACGAAAUUACCUAUUUGAAUUUUGUAGAAAAUUUCUUACCCGUAACUCAUAACGACGUUAGGAAGGCGACGGCCGCUGACACUAUAUCGAGUCGACUUCUAAUAUAUACUCAAGCAGGGUGGCCAAACCAAUGUACGGAUGAAACAUUAAAGUCGUACUUUGUAAGACGUAAUGAAAUUUAUUGUGAAAACAACUGUCUAAUGUGGGGAUAUAGAAUAAUAAUUCCUAUGUCGUUGCGGCCACAAAUACUUCAACAAUUACACAGUAGUCACAUGGGCAUUGUAAAAACUAAAUCAUGGGCUCGUAGUUAUGUAUGGUGGCCAAAUAUUGAUGCUGACAUUGAGCAGUUGUGUCGUAGUUGUUCAACAUGUGCACUCGAGAUGCCAAUGCCCCAGAGGGCGCCACCACAAUCGUGGCCAUACAUACCCCAGCCGUGGUCACGAUUACAUAUAGAUUUUUUAGGACCAUUGCAUGGACUAACGUAUUUUGUUGUGAUAGAUUCGACAUCUAAAUGGCUAGAAGUCUUUCAAAUGACACGCACAACAGCCGGAGCGGUAGUAAAAACACUAAGAGAAUUGUUUGCUAGGUUUGGGUUACCCGUAGAAAUUGUGUCUGAUCAGGGACCACCAUUUACCAGUAGUGAGUUCAAAAACUUCCUUGCAACUAAUGGUAUAUUUCAAAGAUAUUCACCGGCAUAUCACCCUGCCUCUAACGGGGCCGCAGAGAAUUCUGUUAAAUUAUGUAAAAACGUCAUUAGAAAGGCAAUUAUUGACAAAACGGAUAUAGAUACAGCGUUACAAACAUUUCUUUUAACAUAUAGAAAUACAAUACACGGAACUACAGGGGUGACACCGGCUCAAAUUUUGCAAAGACGUUCAUUACGUUCUAGGUUAGAUUUAUUAAGAUGCGAGAGAGCGGUAACCGAUUCUGUUAGGGUGCAACAACGUCAUCAAACCGAUUAUGCAGGAGGUAAAUUACGACACUUUGAACCAGGUGAUCCUAUUUGGUUUAGGGAUUAUAGAAACCAACAAAAAUGGGAAAAGGGUUCUGUAGUAAGUAAUUCUGAUUCACGUCGUAUGUCGGUCAGAGAAAGUAACGGUCGACAACACACAAAACACAUAGAUCAGAUCCGACGUAGAUCACGUAUGUCUGAUGUUCCUUGUUCGUUGGAAGAGGAGAACACUAAAGAGAGCAACAACAGCAAUUCUGCCACUAAUAUAAAGGUAGCAGACAGUACAGAAACAGUGCUAAAUGACGAAGGAGGUGGAAUAGACAGUAGUGAGCAUGGGGUGGCGCAGCAGCCGAAAGAAAUUGAAGGUUCACCCUUGAAUUCCAGGCAUUUACCAAAUCCACUACUUCCACCACUAGUACAGCGACCCAAAAGAGUGCGCAAACCAGUUCAAAGAUUUAAUUUCGAUCCAGAAUAA